CCGUGUGCAUGGUGCGUGGUCCGCGGUUGGGCUGUCCGGGACCGAUAAAAGCUGGGAGGCAUUGUGUGUGGGAUAUUGCCAGCUUCGAGCGUUAGUUUUUGCAGUUUACGGCAUAACUGCGGUGACGGUUGGCAUUUGGGUGCUCAUACGUGAGUCAAAGCUGCUUUGCAAAUAUUGAGGACUCGGAACAACAUAGAAUAAUGCCGAACAUCAAGGUCUUUUCGGGAAGCUCUCAUCCUGACUUCGCCGCUAAAGUGGUGGAUCGCCUAGGCAUAGAGCUUGGCCGGGUGGUCACCAAGAAGUUCAGCAAUUUGGAGACUUGUGUGGAAAUCGGGGAGUCUGUCCGUGGUGAAGAUGUGUACAUUGUGCAAAGUGGCUGUGGAGAGAUAAAUGACAACCUGAUGGAACUUUUGAUCAUGAUAAAUGCAUGCAAGAUAGCAUCUGCUGCCCGGGUUACAGCUGUGAUCCCCUGCUUUCCAUAUGCCAGGCAGGACAAGAAAGAUAAGUCAAGAGCCCCAGUGUCAGCAAAGCUUGUGGCAAACAUGUUGACUGUUGCUGGCAUGGAUCAUAUCAUCACCAUGGAUCUGCAUGCCUCUCAGAUUCAAGGCUUUUUUGAUCUGCCUGUGGACAAUCUGUAUGCUGAGCCAGCAGUGCUGAAGUGGAUCAAAGAAAAUAUCGCAGACUGGAAGACAAGCAUCAUUGUUUCACCAGAUGCAGGGGGAGCCAAGCGUGUGACCUCCAUUGCAGACAGCCUGAAGGUGGACUUUGCACUCAUUCACAAGGAGAGGAAGAAGGCCAAUGAAGUGUCUGACAUGGUCCUUGUUGGCAAUGUCACUGACAGGGUUGCCAUCCUGGUGGACGACAUGGCUGACACCUGUGGAACUGUAGUCAAGGCAGCAGACAAACUGAAGGAAGCAGGUGCUACUAAAGUUUAUGCUAUCCUGACACAUGGUAUUUUCUCAGGUCCAGCCAUAUCCAGAAUCAAUGGUGCAUGCUUUGAGGCAGUGGUUGCCACCAACACCAUUCCCCAGGAUGAGCACAUGAUCCAGUGUGACAAGAUCAGGUGCAUUGACGUUGCAAUGAUAUUUGCUGAGGCCCUGAGGAGAACCCACAAUGGCGAGUCAGUCUCCUACCUCUUUGCAAAUGUUCCAUAUUAGGCCAGUUGUCUUGAUUACCUCAUGAGAGAGGAGACAGAGUUAGAUGGCUAUGGGCAAGGAUUAUGGGGCAUUUGGCUGCAUGUUGCUGUAAGAAAGAGAAUGUUUGUUUUGUUAGUGUUUGUCCAAAGCACAAAGUGCAUGACAAACACUCAUUUAUUCUGAACCUGUUUGCAAACAUUGCACUAGGAUUGAUCAGUUCAAGUUGACUGACAUGAUUAUUCUAGAGCAUCCUGUGCCAUCAUUGUGCAAUAUGUGAGCCAUCUGCAGAAAUGAUAAAAUCAUUCCAAUGCGGUUAUAUAGCGUCAUUUGUGUUAUUUUGAACACAUAACUUAGUCUGGUAAUCACCCAGUCUGGUAAUCACCCAAACCCCUGAAGCACCUGCUGGAUGGUGGCAGUUUGAAAACAUAAUCUGGUCUGAUAAUCAGCAAAACCCUGAAGACACCAAAUGUAGGAUGUGGAGUUUGGGCUGCCAGUGGGCUUAUGGUAGCUAUUUAGUUAAAAAGCCAUGGCAAAGGUUAUCUCAUAUGUUGGCUCUUGAUGCAUGUUGAUGUGCAUGGUUCUGCUGACUGACUCAGCAAGUCAGCAGUAAUACUCAACACUAUGGUAUGCAUUUGUAACAGGAACAAGCAAGUAUGCUUUGCUCAAGUGAAUUCAAUAUUAUUUUGCAGGCAUGUUUAUCAUGUGGCAGUAUAAUAGGAACAGUGUAGUUUUGAAGAAGGUUAUCAAAUAUGUUCAGUGGUCACUCAGAACUUUCUUUAUUUCUGUGUUGCCCUGAGGAUCAUGCUAUCUGAUUGGUUGAAAGGCUGGCCUUUUUGUAGAAUUUUUGUUGUGCCUGGUUGUGUAUGUGGAUGAUUAUGGUGCUUGACCGGUCAAUAUAUUGAUUACCUAUA